GUUACGUCAGCGAGAGCUGCAAAGUUCCUUGCUAUUCUUUUCUGGUGUCGGGGAGCUGAAUAUUAAAAGGGUGAUUGUGGAGUUACCGGUUAUCUGCAUUUUUUUUCUUUUCUUAUUUUGACUCUUUUUAAAAAAUGCAGGUAAAGUGACAGCGGGCCAGGAGCCUAAAGACAUUAGUGGUGGAGGGGUGAGUCAGCGGGUGCAAAAGGACAAGGAUUUGGUUCCUCGGAGAGACGGUCCCCUCUCCGCCUCCAGAGAAGAGCAGGCAGGCAGCUCCCGGGACCGAAGCUGGGUCCGCCUCCCCCGCGCGCGAGCUGGUGGCUCAGCAGCUGCGCUUCAGGUGGACGCGGUCAAACGAUGCACCGCAGCCGCCUGGGUCUCAGCACAUAUUUCACACCCACGUUCCCUGGCCUGUGCUCCUAGAAGCUGGCGAGAGCAGCAGCCUUCGGUGGGGCAGCUCAAAAUGUAGGUAACUGCGGGCCAGGAGCAGCGCCCAGAUGCCAUCAGUCCCUGCCUUUGAGCGUCGACGGCUGAUCCUUUGGUUUGAGGGGGAGACUGGCGCUGGAGUUUUGAAUUCCGAAUCAUGUGCAAAAUGCUGAAUCUUCCCCCAGCCAGGACGAAUCAGACAGCGCGGAAAAGCAGACUCUCCUAAUUCUGGAAUUGCAUGUUGCAAGGAGUCUCCUGGAUCUUCGCGCCCAGCCUCGGGUAGGGAGGGAGUCGGGGUCCCGGGCUAGGCCAGCCCAGCAUGUGGAGAGGGUCCCGGGCAGCCCCGUGCGCCCCUGGCCAUGUCUCCUUUAAUGCCCUGCCCCUUCGUGUGGCCUUCUGAGGGUUCCCAGAGUUGGCCAGGGUUGUUUCCCACCCGCGCGCGCGCUCUCACCCCCAGCCAAACCCAGCUGGCAGGGCUUCCUCCAGCCGAGACCUUUUGAUUCCCGGCUCCCGCGCUCCCGCCUCCGCGCCAGCCCGGGGGGUGGCCCUGGAGAGCCGGACCUCGCCCGGCCCCGGCUGGGACCAUGGUGUUUCUCUCUGGAAAUGCUUCCGACAGCUCCAACUGCACCCAACCGCCGGCACCGGUGAACAUUUCCAAGGCAAUUCUGCUCGGGGUGAUCUUGGGGGGCCUCAUUCUUUUCGGAGUGCUGGGGAACAUCCUAGUGAUCCUCUCCGUAGCCUGUCACCGACACCUGCACUCAGUCACGCACUACUACAUCGUCAACCUGGCGGUGGCCGACCUCCUGCUCACCUCCACGGUGCUGCCCUUCUCCGCCAUCUUCGAGGUGUUAGGCUACUGGGCCUUCGGCAGGGUCUUCUGCAACAUCUGGGCCGCAGUGGAUGUGCUGUGCUGCACCGCGUCCAUCAUGAGCCUCUGCAUCAUCUCCAUCGACCGCUACAUCGGCGUGAGCUACCCGCUGCGCUACCCAACCAUCGUCACCCAGAGGAGGGGUCUCAUGGCUCUGCUCUGCGUCUGGGCACUCUCCCUGGUCAUCUCCAUCGGACCCCUGUUCGGCUGGAGGCAGCCGGCCCCCGAGGACGAGACCAUCUGCCAGAUCACCGAGGAGCCGGGCUACGUGCUCUUCUCAGCGCUGGGCUCCUUCUACCUGCCGCUGGCCAUCAUCCUGGUCAUGUACUGCCGCGUCUACGUGGUGGCCAAGAGGGAGAGCCGGGGCCUCAAGUCCGGCCUCAAGACCGACAAGUCGGACUCGGAGCAAGUGACGCUCCGCAUCCAUCGGAAAAACGCCCCGGCAGGAGGCAGCGGGGUGGCCAGCGCCAAGACCAAGACGCACUUCUCGGUGAGGCUCCUCAAGUUCUCCCGGGAGAAGAAAGCGGCCAAAACGCUGGGCAUCGUGGUCGGCUGCUUCGUUCUCUGCUGGCUGCCUUUUUUCUUAGUGAUGCCCAUUGGGUCUUUCUUCCCUGAUUUCAAGCCCUCUGAAACAGUUUUUAAAAUAGUAUUUUGGCUCGGAUAUCUAAACAGCUGCAUCAACCCCAUCAUAUACCCAUGCUCCAGCCAAGAGUUCAAAAAGGCCUUUCAGAAUGUCUUGAGAAUCCAGUGUCUCCGCAGAAAGCAGUCUUCCAAACAUGCCCUGGGCUACACUCUGCACCCGCCCAGCCAGGCCGUGGAAGGGCAGCACAAGGACAUGGUGCGCAUCCCUGUGGGAUCAAGAGAGACCUUCUACAGGAUCUCCAAGACGGAUGGCGUUUGUGAAUGGAAAUUUUUCUCUUCUGUGCCCCGUGGAUCUGCCAGGAUUACAGUGUCCAAAGACCAGUCCUCCUGUACCACAGCCCGGGUGAGAAGUAAAAGCUUUUUGCAGGUCUGCUGCUGUGUAGGGCCCUCAACCCCCAGCCUUGACAAGAACCAUCAAGUUCCAACCAUUAAGGUCCACACCAUCUCCCUCAGUGAAAACGGGGAGGAAGUCUAGGACAGGAAAGAUGCAGAGGAAAGGGGAAUAAUCUUAGGUACCCACCCCACUUCCUUCUCGGAAGGCCAGCUCUUCUUGGAGGACAAGACAGGACCAAUCAAAGAGGGGGCCUGCUGGGAAUGGGGUGGGGGGUAGACCCAACUCAUCAGGCAGCGGGUAGGGCACAGGGAAGAGGGAGGUUGUCUCACAACCAACCAAUUCAGAACGAUACGGAACAGCAUUUCCCUGCAGCUAAUGCUUUCUUGGUCACUCUGUGCCUGCUUCAACGAAAACCACCAUGGGAAACAGAAUUUCAUGCACAAUCCAAAAGACUAUAAAUAUAGGAUUAUGAUUUCAUCAUGAAUAUUUUGAGCACACGCUCUAAGUUUGGAGCUAUUUCUUGAUGGAAGUGAGGAGAUUUUAUUUUCAGGCUCAACAUACUGACAGCCACAUUUGACAUUUAUGGGGAGAGGGCCUAGAGAGGAAGAGCAUUAAGAUGGUGGCCGAGAUCCAGACACAUUAUUUUUAGAGCAAGUUCUGAAACUCCACCCUUUCUGAUACAUCCAAUUUCUCAGCUUGAGGGAAACUUGACAGUGAGGUUUACCUUUGACUGCACUUUGAAUGGAUGCUGCUCCUCAUUUCCCAAAGAUGAGACUGAGGGGCACUCAUGAUGUCUCGGAAUGUAGUGUUCUCUAUCCUUGGGUCAGGAGAUGGUUGAAAGAACCAACCAGGGCGGUAUGGCUUUUCCCAAGAGAAGACAGUAGACCUGAGCAUCAUUCUUUCAAUUUAACUACUAGAGAGAAAAUCCAUUAAACAGUUCCAAGAUCAGAUGAUGAUAGGCUUUCUCUCUAAUAUCUUUAAAGAUCAAGAGGUUGGUGUGGCUGUUAAUUUCUUGCAAAGAUAGAGGCUGUUCACUUACUGCACAGCCAUUUCAAUAUGGCUUACAAAAGCUUUUCUUGACAAAUCACUUACCUGUUCCAGAACUCUGUUAUGAAAAUCCAGAGCUUAUAAUAUUUUGAAAGGCAAAAGAUUGUCUCCCAUUACUUCUUAUCUGCUUCACUAUUGCAUAAUGAAUGAGUUUCACCUGUGGCAUGUUGGAAUGAGCCUUAUGAUCCAAGUACAUUAUUCCCGAACUUUGAAAAAUACUAAUGCUUAGCUUCAGACAAUACUGAUGGAUCACCAAAGAACUGUCUAAAGCAGGAGUUUGCAAACAUUUUUUGAUAGAUGCCCAUUUGUUCUGGAAAAAGAUCCAGUAGUCAACUCAACUUCAUCUAUUCCUACUUUUCUGCAAGAACUUGGGGAACAUGCUAUAUUUUGCUUUAUGUAUACCAAAUUUUGGUAAACCAUAAUAACUCAGUACAGAACUUGCAUAUCUCUUUUCUGAAAUGCCUGGAACCAGAAGUGUUUCAGAUUACAGAUUUUUUCAAAUUUUGAAAUACUUGCAUAUACACAAUCAAAUAUCUCUGGGAUGGGACCCAAGUCUAAACACAAAAUUCAUUUAUGUUUCAUAUACACCUCAUAUGCAUAGCCUGAGGGUAAUUUUAUACAAUAUUUUUAAUUGACUGUUUUUGACUACAACCCAUAGACAUGAGGUCAGGUGUGGAAUUCCCCACCUGUGGCGUCAUGUCGGUGCUCAAACAAUCUUGGAUCUUAGAGCAUUUUGGAUUUCAGAUUUUCGGAUUAGGGCUGCUCAAGCUAUAGAUUACUAAGGAUGAAGAUGGUAACUAUAUGU